GCUCUGGAAGCGCUCGACUGGACUCGAAACCAAGAUCAGGAGGAGAACGACCACGCGGAGUCGGACUCCGAUUCCGACGCCGACAUCGAGUCCUUGCAGAAGGACGUGGUCGAGUUCCGGGAGACCUCUCAGCCCCCGGAGCCCGGGGACAAGAUGAAGCUGGUGAAGGUCGCCAUGCUGCCGCCACCAACCUUCAUCGCCCUCGUCGAGUCCAGCAAGGUGAUCCUACAGAUGCCGGAUGGCUCUGAGAAGACAUUUCCGGCGGAGGAGGUGCAGAACGCAGCCGGUAUGCCGAUUGUCAAGAACCUCAACGUCAACAAGUUCCGGGAGAUCAGCUUCAAACUCGGCAAGGAGGAGGAUCUCGAGGCAUCGCCGAGGUCGACCGUCAAGUACCACCUGGACGUGGAGAUUGCCGAGGUCCAGACCGAAGGGACAAAGGGCCGGGUGCGGAUCAAGAUGGUCAGCGUUGAGGAAGCCCAGAUGAUUGUUGAGCCGGGUCCUGGAUGGGACGAUCAGAUGGAGCGUUGCUUGGGCCAAGUAGGAGAAAUCACCAGCGAGAGCGGGGCAACGAUCAGCGUGAGGCCGGAUGGCAACUCUUGGAUCUGGCCGCGCGAGCUGAUCGAGCCGGUGGGUGUUCUUGCCGACGAGGCCGGCACGAAGACGCACCAGCGGAAGUUGCGAGUCACGGCAUUCCUCAACUACACGGCCCGGACUGGCAAGUUGCAGCUGCAGGUGUGCUACGUGCCGCUUCUGCGAAGCCAUCAGCUGCUGCGUAACCUGCACUGCCUCGCCCAGCUGGCGAAGGUAGGUUUAGACUAUUUCUCUAUGAUUAUCGUCUUUCCCAGAUGGGAGCUUCGCACCGGCCGUGUCCCAGGUGAGCUCUUCCUGUCCACCUGGGUGAUGCAAGGGGUGGUGCCCCAGUGCCUGCUGGAGCUGUACCACUUCUACCACGACAUGCAGGACGAGACCAUCGUGCGAGCCUAUCCCCUGAACUCCGACGGUGAGGAGCAGACCCCGGGAAGCUGGGACCACUGGCUUCUGGUGAGGCUGGCGAUCCGAACCACUGCCAAGCACACGGGAGAUCAGGGGGUCCACGCAUUUGUAGCCAAGAUCAUUAAAGGAUCCGAGGGCCUGGAGGUGCGGAGGAUGGUGGACCUGCUCUUUGCGGAGGAAGGCUCGGCAGGCUUCGUCGUGGCGCAGCUCAUGUCGAGGCUGGAGAACCUUUCGCACGUCCUGGCUUGGUCCAGCUCGGGCUCCGAAGUGGAUGUGGUGGAGCUUCCGAGGCUGGGAAUUAGCUUCGAGUGGAAGGCAGGCCAGCUCGUGUCCAAGGAUUUCAAGGGCAUGCGCGUGGCCACCCCUGCGCCCCCGGAGCUCUUACAUCACUUCGAUGGCAUCCCACACAGCCUGCUACUUCAGGACCAGACGGACAGCUACCACAUCCUGGUCCCCUUCGUGGCCACCCAUCGGCCGAGCAUAGCCUCCGACCCUUUCUCCUCCGAAGUGGUCCUGGAGCGUGAGAACCGGCUUUGGCGGCUGCAUGAAACCAAGGUGUUCCUGUACGAGAUGCACCUUUCAGGGACCUUCUUGUACACCCCCACGCUCACGGCGGCCCUGUACCUCCUCUUCCUGAAGUUCCAGAACCGGAAGUAUGACCAGGUCUCCCAGCUCGUUCGUGCCAUAGCCACGGACAGCCCUUAUCAGAAGGAGGCGCUCCACGUCUUCGAGCACCUGGGCACCCUGAACCCCGACCAGCAUGCGGACGCGCACGCGGGGAGGAUCAUGAUCGCCCUCGCCACGGGGGACGCCAACAUGCGGCUCCCCAUGCGCCUGGACUUCGAGAUGGCGUGCUACGUGAAGAAGCUCACGCACGUCUCGGCUCGCUGCCGCUUGAAGUUGGAGGAGGAGGAGCGGGCUCU